GGAGGAGAGGGGCCGGUGCAGUUGCUUGCUUGCGACAGUCAGGAUAGGCUGAGUUUGGAGCUCCCUGGCUCAGCAGCAGCAAUAGCAGCACUAGCAGCAACUGCAGUAGCAGCUACAGCAGUCGCUGCUGAUCCGUGGUCCCUGCCUUGGACACCACCUGAGAGAUGGAAGAAGAGCUCGACAUAGAGAGCCCCAACCAGGUGGAGGUGGGCAUGGAGUCACUGCCCGAACCCGCCCUGAUCAGGAUCCUGGCAUCCGUGCCUGCGGGCGAGUUGGUUCUGGUGUGCCGGCUGGUGUGCCUGCAGUGGAAGGCCUUGGUGGAUGGGGCGGCUCUCUGGGUCCUCAAGUGCCAACAGGAGGGGCUGGCUGGCAAGGAGCAGGCUGAGGAGGAGAAGGACAACUGGCAGGCCUUCUACUUCCUGAGCAAGAGGAAGAGGAACCUACUCAAGAAUGUUUGUGGAGAAGAAGAGUUUGAGUCCUGGGGAGAGAUGGAGCACGGUGGGGACGGUUGGAAGGUGGAGGAACUCCCUGGGGACAACGGUUCUGAGUUCUCUGAUGACAGCGUCAAAAAAUACUUUGUCACAUCCUAUGAAUGGUGUCGCAAAACUCAGGUUAUUGAUCUGCGGGCUGAGGGCUACUGGGAGGAGUUGAUGGACACCACUCAGCCUGACAUAAUAGUGAAGGACUGGUACUCGUCCCGGAGCGAUGCGGGCUGCCUGUAUGAGCUGUGCGUGAAGCUGCUGUCGGAGCAUGAGGACGUCUUGAUGGAGUACAAGAGUGGCACGGUGGCUGUACCUCAGGAUGAUGCCAGCUGGAAGGAGAUUUCUCACACCUUCUCCAACUAUGGGCCCGGGGUGCGUUUCAUCCGUUUCGAGCAUGGUGGCCAGGACACUGUCUUCUGGAAGGGCUGGUUUGGGGUGCGGGUGACCAACAGCAGCGUGAUGGUGGAGCCCUAGCCCGGCCUCUAGUCGAGAUGGACGCCCCCCACCCCCCAGCUCUGGGGGCAGCUGUCCACUGGAAAGGGACCCCUGGGUGAGACCAGUGGAAUGGUGGGGGGCAGAGGCAGGCUAAGACUUUAGACCCCUUGUUAGAGCUUGCCUCCUCAGCUCACCUUUAACCUCUCUUCUGCUCGUGGGAUUAGGGGACCAUGACAUAGCCCUCAGAGGAUGGGAGCUGGCUGCUUGUUGCCCCCUCAGUUAUUUUGGGGAUUUCAGUUUCCUCUCUUUUCCCCCUGUUGACCCCAGUUCCAGGAAAACAAGACAGCACCCCUCUUCAGCUCAGCCCAGCUUCUUUGUUUAUUUCCCCCUUUGCUUUUUGCCCUGGAAGCUUGACAUAAGGUGGCAGAAUCUUUGCUGUAAAUCCUAUGCCUGUCUCUCUCUCUGUCUCUCUCUCGCUCCUAAUGAUCCCCAGCUCAAUGGAUGGUCAGGGAGUCCUGGACCUCUGGAACAAUACUGCAGUCUCAUUACCAAAAGUGCCCAAGCAAUUGAUGGAAAAAAUAAAGGUUGGGGGAAAUAAUAGCGGUUAAUGUACAUACAACUUGCAUCUCAGCAGCAUGUCCUUGAUGUAAUGUCAAGCAGCCCCAGAAUGUCCCAGGCUUUCUCCAUCCCUUUACAUCUUCCCCCGGGCCCGCUCCCCACACUCCCCCGUGCUUCCAGCUCUUGAUGGGUCAGAUUGGUCGGCCAAACCUGGCAAAACCCUCACUUGGGUUCUGGCCCAGUUCUAUGGCAGCACUGGUCAGGAGCUCCAAUUUCUAGGGCAGGUUUUGUCAGGGGGGUGGGGGGGAGUGCUUGCCCAGAUCUGAACUGCUAGUGCUGUAGGAAAUUACCAGAAUCCCCCAGGCUUCCAUCGGUCUCUCCCAUGUUGGCAUCACUGAGCUGCUGGGAGCCAGUCCUUGGAGGGGGCACGACCCUGGAACAAGGGCCGGGAUUGUGAGGGCUGGAGGAGAUAAGAGGAGACUGAACAGGGCUGGGACAGACUGGUUCUCUCUCAGGGAUGAUGGGAGCCAUGGUUGACACCUGAGAGAACCAUGCUGCCUCCGAGCCCGCAAGGUUAGGGGGAAGGAAAUGGGCCUUUGGGCUCCUCUCUUGAGAAACAGCUCCUCUCCAUCCUGCUCUCCAGCUCUGUCUGACCCCUCCCUCUCUGUCUUCAUGGUUUCCCCCUGAAUGCUCGGACCUGCUGCUGCAGCUGCUGACCUGCAACCCCCACCCAGGUUGCCCUGGGUGCCCUCUGCUCCUCUGCUGGCUGCAGGGCUUAGCGCAGUAAGCGCUCAAUAAACACGAUUGAAUGAAAGAUGCAGCCUCCCCCUCCGUCCUGAGCCUGUACUCUACUACUCUGCUCUGUUGGUGGGAUCCCCACCUUCUCAUGGGCCCCAAGGGCAGGGGCAGAAAUGAAGGAUGGGCAGCCGAAGGUUCAAACAGAAAUCGAAUACUGCUUGAGACUCGGUCUGUAGAGGACGGGUGGAGGUCGGGAGCAGUGGGGGUAGAAGAUACGACCUCUGGGGUCAGGGCACGAGGCCUUAUAAGCUCUUACCCACUUCAUGCUGCUUGAUGCAACCGCUCUCUGAUACUUCCACUCACAUUUGGAAUUACACCAAACUCAGUGCCUGGGAGAGGGGUGUGUUUAUGUGCAAGAAACUGUACUGGCUCCUUUCCAUUUGUUUGUACCUUCAUCCCAGAUUUUGGUGUGGUUUGCACUCUCCCCCCGCCCACCUCCUCUCCUGAGGCAAGUUCUAGUUUCCUCAUUUCUCCCUUCUCCCACAAGCCAGACAUCCCUGAAUGUUCUGUUGGCCUCUAGCCAGGAACCAUCUUUAGAGCCUCUGUAUUGGCUCCUCUGUGUAACGGCACUAAUAAAGCCACCGUGUCUGCUGACCU